AUGACCAAACUCCAGCUGCUGUGCGCAGUCUUUUUCGGAAUAUUACGAAUGUCGUACUCGGAGGAGGUCGACGGCUUUAAGCUAACUGUGUUGCACACCAACGAUAUUCACGCUCAUUUCGAAGAAAGCAACAAGUACGGUGGUAGAUGCGAACUCUCCGACAAAAAGAAGAAAAAAUGUGUUGGCGGGGUGGCCAGACUACUCACGAAGGUGAAAGAAAUCAAAGCCAGCAAUAACCACACCUUGUUUAUGAACGCGGGUGACAUUUACCAGGGCACAAUGUGGUUCACUUUGCUCAAAGAUGAAGUGGUCUCGGUUGUCAUGGCUAACAUGAAGUACGACGUGAUGUGCCUUGGGAACCACGAGUUUGACAAUGGACCAGAAGGACUUGCACCAUUCCUUAAAAAAAUGAAAAAGGCGAAAGUUCCGGUUGUGAGUAGCAACACUGACUUUACGCGUACGUCGAGCCUGAAAGACCUUGAACUUCCAAAAUCUCACGUGUUUGUCCUCAAUGGAACAAAGGUUGGCGUCAUAGGCGCCGUCACACCAGAAACGAGGUCUCUCUCGAAACCAGGAAACGUUGUAUUUUACGAUGACCUUGGAUCUAUUAGAAACGAGGCCAUAAACCUGACAAAGCAGGGAAUAACUGUCAUCGUGGCUCUCACUCACAGUGGCUACGAGAGAGAUUUAGAGAUCGCUGCAUCCGUGCCCCAAGUCGACAUUGUUGUUGGAGGGCACACGAAUACCUUCCUUUAUUCAGGGGAAGGAUACCCUCGUGAAAACAAACCGGAGGGACCGUACCCAACUGUGGUAAACAGGACGGAUGGCAGCGUGGCACUCGUCACUCAAGAUUUCUGGUUUGGAAAGUUUCUUGGUUUCCUCGAGGUAAUCUUCGACACCCAAGGACGCGUCAAAUCUUGGAGUGGAAACCCUAUUCUAAUGGAUUCAUCCAUUGAAGAAGACGAAUGCAUGGUCCGGGUGUUGCGGCCUUUCGCCGAAAAAAUCGCCAAUGCGAGCAAAACUCGCGUCGGAAGCUCCAAGGUGUUACUUGAACAAGACAAUAAUGUGUGUCGUAUCCAAGAAUGCAAUCUGGGAAACGCCAUCGCGGACUCCUUCUUCGAAUACUACGCGAAUGAGGAGACCCAAGACAAGGAACUCUGGUCAAACGUGAACGGAGCGUUUGUGAAUGGUGGGUCAACCAGGGCACCUCUGCCGCAGAGCGACAAUAUACUUUACCAAGACAUCCUAAACGCGUUACCAUUCGGGUCCCAGCUGACAGUCCUAUCACUGACGGGAACCAAGCUGCGAGAGAUUUUUGAGCACUCUGUAAAAACUUACAGCCUGACGGCGAGACCUGGACGCUUUUUACAAGUAUCCGGUAUCCGGGUAACGUACAACCUCUCCCGAGAAAGCGGUUCCCGUGUGCAGUCUCUGAAAAUUUUGGGCACGCGUUGCAAGGUUCCCGUUUACGAAGACGUCUCCAACGAAUCCACGUACAGUGUGGUCACGAUUGACUACAUUGCAAAAGGAGGGGACGGCUUCCCAAUCGAUGCGUCUGUCAAUAGUACAACGAAAGGUGUCGUGGAUUACGAAGCGUUUGUGGACUACGUGCGGAAGAUGUCUCCCCUCAAGACGCCCGAAGAAGGCCGGAUCGAGAUUGUGGGAAUGCCACCUGAAGCCCGCGUCCUUCACGACCCAGAUCGGUGGGGAGUAACGUACGAAAUUUGA